CCGCCGGCCGGGCGCUGACAGGUGCGGGCGGGAGGGAAGCUGCUGAGUAAGGCGGGUCGGGAGGAGACAGAAGGGAGGGGGAGGAGGAACGAGGAGGAAGGAGAAGCAGCCCUGAGGUGUCCGGCCACAGCCACACGCUCAUGGGGACGGCGGUGAGUCACAGCAGCGAGGAAGAGGAGGAGGAGGCGGCCGAGGAAGGCAUGGAGCCGGCUCAGCACGGAGAUCCCUUCCCGGCCGCUCCGCUGCCGCCCGUCGAGGUGCUGCUGGAGCAGGCCCGGCUCAGAGAGGCCACGGCCCGACUGAGGGAAACGGCGCUGCCGGAAUCGUUGGUGUCGAGACAUCACGGAGCGUUGGUGAGAUGGUUGGAGGAGAGGAUGAGCCGGGGGGACGAGGCCGUGAGUCUGGAGCAGUUCUGCGAGGUGCUGGAGAGCGUGUCCAGGAUGAACGCGGGGUCCCGCGGGGAGAGCGAGGAGGCUUUUGCACAAUUUGAUGCUGAAGGAGAUGGCACCGUAGAUGUGGAGAAUAUGCUGGAGGCUCUGAAGAAUUCCAGUGGAGCUAAUCUUCAAGGGGAGCUGAGCCAUGUCAUCAGGCAACUGCAGGCGUGUUCACUUGUUCCAGGUUUUAUAGAUAUAUUUUCUGAAUCUAAAGAGCGCCUUGGCCUUCAUGCUUCAAUGAUCCUGAGGUUCUUGCACCGGAAUCGAAUUUCCAGUACCGCCAUCCCAUACCCAGUGCUGGAGUACUUCAACAACAUCUGCAUGAUGCGGUCUUCUGUUCUGAAGGAUUCCUUAGAUCGACUUCUCCUAAAAGAGAAAGAAUACCCCAGUGACUUGAAUGGUAACGAGGAGUCGGACAAGCUGAAGUCUGUCACAAAGUGCUAUACUCAUAUAGAAACCUCAUCCAAUUCUGCUGAUAUUGACAAGAUGACAAAUGGGGAAACGACGUCCUUCUGGCAGUCUGACGGCAGUGCUCGCUCCCAUUGGAUACGUUUAAAGAUGAAACCAGAUGUUGUUCUGAGACAUCUGUCUAUUGCGGUGGCAGCUAAUGACCAGAGCUACAUGCCACAGCAAGUGACAGUGGCAGUGGGAAGGAAUGCCAGCAGUCUCCAGGAGGUCCGAGACGUUCACAUUCCAAGCAAUAUCACUGGCUACGUAACACUGUUGGAAAACGCUAACAUUAGUCAGAUGUAUGUUCAGAUAAACAUCAAGCGUUGCCUUAGUGAUGGAUGUGACACUAGAAUCCAUGGACUCAGGGCAAUUGGUUAUCAAAGAGUUAAGAAGGUGGGCGUCUCAGUCUGCGAUGCUUCAGCUAUCUGGUAUUGGUCUCUGCUGACCUCUCUGGUAACAGCUUCCAUGGAAACCAAUCCAGCCUUUGUUCACACUAUAUUACAAAAUACUCAGAGAGCCCUGCAGCACAUGCCACCUCUGUCUCUGACACCAAGCUCUACAGAUUUUUCCAACUUCUUGUCUCCAAAUGUUUUGCAAGAAGUAGAUAGCUUCCUCAUAAGAAUAACAAGUUGUUGUACUACUCCAGACGUUGAACUUACACUCUUGGCCUUUGCCUUAGCCAGGGGGAGUGUUGCUAAAGUGAUAAGCUCCCUAUGUACAAUCACUGAUCAUCUGGACACUCCAUACAAGGCUUCAUCGCUUAUCGCUUCUAUGGCAACAGUUAGACAGAACCUGCUGUAUAAAUAUGGAAAGCCAUUACGACUAACUUUGCAAGCAUGUGAUGUAAAAGGGAAAGAAGAUAAAUCAGGGCCUGAAAACCUCCUUGUAGAGCCAUGGACUGGGGAUGGUUUUCUUACUGAAACUGGGAAGACCAGAGCAAGUAUCAUUCUUUCUACUGGAACUGAAUCUUCAUUUCAAGUGACACAAAUUAGAAUAAAGGUCCGAAGAGGUGCCAUUGGGGCACAGUGUGGGCUGGUGUUUGCUUACAACAGUGCUUCAGAAAAGUUCCAUGCAGAGGAACACUUCAAAAGAUUUGAAAGCUAUGACAAAUGGAAGCUGAAGGAGUUCAAACAGUUCUUGAAAAGCAGGAGUAGUAGUUCCUCUGAUGAGUUGGGAGACGAUGAUCCCAUUGGCUGGUUUGAAGUGGAAGAAGAGUGGGAUGAGGUGGAUGUCAAAAUGCAGCAAUGCAGAGUUGCCCAAUACUUAAUGAUUAAGUUCCUGUGCACAAGACAAGACACAGCAGAACGGCUUGGAGUGCAGGGCCUGAAUGUUCUUGGGUAUCUCCGGCCUGUGCGAGAGGAACCCAGCAGGAGCAUGCACUGCUUGCAGUGCAGGAAGGCAGAUGAUGAGACAGUUUGUGGCACAACUCUUCUCCUGAAGACGCUUCAUUUCAUCCAGCAGCUUGCACAGGACCUGGUUCAACAGAAGGAGAGUGGAUUAAAAAGCAAGUCAUAUUUAGAUUUCACAGACCUUGAUUUACAGCUGUUCUGGAACUUUUACAAUAAACUUCAGCAAAACCCAAGGGAAGAGUGCAUCUUCGCUCAAACACUACUAUUGCAGCUGCUCCAGAGCUGUUUCUCUGUACUCACUGAAGACAAUAAAACUUCUAAACCUCAAGAAACUUUUCAGAGCAAAACACCUGGUCACGCAAAAGCUGCAGAAGAUCUUUACAGACACUUGUGUGAAGUGGUGGAUAUGGAGGACACUAACUUCAUGCCAGUUAAAAUGCUGAAGCAGGAAGUUAAGAACACCUUACUUAGCGGCGCAGCAAUCUUCUUCCCAGACAGACAAACCAGGAGAAACCAGCUCUUUGCCAUGAUGAAAAACAUCACAGAGCAAGAACGUAAGCAGUCUGUACAUCUCGCCUUCAGAUCUUUGUGUACCCACUUCAGUGAUCAAGAUCCAGGUGGACUCUUAUUAUUACCAGAGAAGGGAGUUUCUGCAAAUUUUGACAUAAGUGAAGUGCUGUCAGUCAUGGAUACCCUUCUACUGGUGGCAGCAAGAGAGUGUGAAAUGAUGAUGCUGGAUGUUGCGCAGCAGGAGAGUGGCACCGUCCUGUCUUCCCUAUUCUGGUCUGUUCAGGGCAGCCUCCUUUCAUGGUGCUACCUGCAGCUUAAGGGGAGCGAUAGCACAGCCAAGGAUCUUGCUGUAGAAAUACUAAAAAACUAUGUGGGCCAGUUCCUGACAAAUAUCAGAAUGAUUUUGCAGUCACUUUUAUCCCAGUAUAGUGGCAAAACAAUAGUAGAAAAAAUAAGUAAUUCUGUAUUUGCUAUGGCAACUCGUCAGCUGGUCAUCUUCUUGUUGGAUUUUUGCACUUUAGACAUUCCACAUUGUACUCUGCUACAGGAAUUCAGCACUUUGGUAGAACCACUAAAAAAGCUUUGUUGUGAGCCUCAUAAGAUGGAAAUUGAAAGCUGGCAACAAGAACAGCCUGUUGUAUUGCGAACGUGGACUGUGGAAUCUCCUCAUAACUAUGAAAAUAAUUGCCACGAGGUCUCAGUCUUCCUGUGCCAUGGGGCAUCUUACUUUGAGGUGGAAUUUGAUGAAAAAUGUGAAACUGAAAGGAGGUAUGAUUACCUGGAGUUUACUGAUGCCAGGGGUGCAAAAACUCGUUACGAUACAAAGGUUGGCACUGAGAAGUGGCCCAAGAAAGUGACCUUUAAGGCUGGCCCACGGCUGCAGUUUCUCUUUCACUCUGACAGCAGUAAUAAUGAGUGGGGCUACAAGUUCACCGUCACUGCUUUCGGCCUCCCCGAUGUUGCUGUUUCUUGGGGCUUGGAUUUACAGCUUCUAGUGUGCCGACUGAUGGGGCGCUUGGCUUCCCGAAGCAUGGCUCUGAAAUCUCUACGAGAGCUAGGUAGUGAAGCAGAUUUGCCCCCUUUGAAAGUAACAUCAGUUCUUAAUUCUCCAUUGUGGAAACCUGUCUUCAGGCAUCAGAUGUGUCCUGAGGCAGAGCCAGGAGCCAGUGAAACCAGCAGAGGACACCAUGAUAAAAAAGAGGCUAGGAGCUCUCACCAGGAUGACUGCCGUAACUUUCUAAUCGACUUUGCCAAAUCAGAUCCUACCCAGGAUUUCAGUGGGCAAAAGUCUGAACUUUUCAAGGGACUGGUACAGACAUGCAGGAAACAGGCCCCAAAGACAGAUGCAGUUGCUGGUUCUAUUGUUGAUCGAGCUGUGAACUCAACAUUUGCUGCUUUGGUGUAUCUCACUCCAGCUUUAUAUGAGAAGCUUCAGAAAUAUGUCAACAGUGGAGGCAAGGUGCCUUUGAGUGAUGAGUUUGCACAAGUAUAUUCCCUGGCUGAUUCAAUUAGAAUAUGGAUGUUGGAAAUGAAACAGAAAUCCCUGAUGGGUAGGGGGAAUGAUACUGAGGAGAAGCAGAGCACAGAAGCAAGUGAGGUGAACCCAGAAACUCUUGCAAAGCUUUGUAUGCAGAAGAGCCUUUUGUUACUGAAUUUUUUGCCUGUGAGAGCAAAGACGAAAUCUUCAGCUUUGGACAGCCUGGAAGCCCAGGAUAGUGAUCAUGUUCACCAGUAUGUCACUGGUAAAAACCAAAGAAAAAGUUCUGUUGUGGAAACAGACUUCCAGGCAGCACACUCAUCAUCUUCCAAUGGAGUAACUCGUUCUGUUUCAGUAGAGAGGGAGCAAACAACACAAUCUGAUACUAAGAUUAAACAAAUUCCUGGCCCUCUCCAAACAGAGGAGGCAUCUGCAUUUCAUAGUAAGCCUUCUGAAAAUACAGCUUUGCAGCAGGAAGAUGUACCAUCACCUCCUUCCACUCCCACACGAAAAUCUCAGUUCAGCCGUGGGAGACUAAGGCUGCUGUCUUUUAGAUCAAUGGAAGAGCCAAGAGCUGUGCCUACUCUGAAGGAGAAAUAUCCUAUAUUGAAAAACAUAUUGGAUUUUAUUAAGGAUCAAUCGCUUUCCCAUGAAAGUGUUUUAAAGGUCCUUGCUUUGAGAAAAUCCCAAGGGCAGAACAUUUUGGAAGUGCUCAAGACAAUCCGCCGGUGCCUGGGUUCACUCGGACAGCCCCACUGCUUUCAUCCAUCCUGUGUGCUUUUUCUUUUAGAACUUCUGGCCUGUCAGAAAGAUUUCACAAAUUACUUUGGAAACUUGGAAGGCUGUGGUGUUGCACUGCACAAGGAGAUUCGGGAGUCCUACUAUCAGCUUGUUUUGUUCCUGGUAAACUCUGUGAAGGGAUUUAGUGCCAUUAAUGACAGAUCAUUACUUCCUGCCUUAUCCUGUGUACAGACGACUCUCCUUCACCUUUUGGAUAUGAGUUGGGAACCAAGUGAUCUUUCCUUCUUUGUUGAGAUUCAGUUACCACAGCUCCUUAUGGCGACAUCACAGGAAAACAUAAGUAUUCAUGAUAGUGUGAUCUGUCAAUGGAGUGAAGAAGAUGAAAUUGCAGACUACAAGCAAAACUGUGAGUGGAUGGAUGAAUGCCAGGACAUAAUGUUUGAGAGCUGGUAUGAAAAGAUCGCUCAAGCUGACCCAGAGAAGCAGAGAAAGAUGCACAUGUUUGUUGCACGUUACUGUGACUUGUUAAAUGUGGACAUAUCCUGUGAUGGCUGUGAUGAAAUUGCUCCAUGGCAUCGCUACCGCUGCCUGCAGUGCAAUGAUAUGGAUUUAUGUAAAACUUGUUUUCUUGGUGGAGUUAAACCUGAAGGACAUGAGGAUGACCAUGAAAUGGUUAACAUGGAGUAUGCCUGUGACCACUGCCAGGGAGUCAUCAUAGGUCGGAGAAUGAACUGCAAUGUGUGUGAUGACUUUGACCUUUGCUAUGGAUGUUAUUCUGCUAAGAAGUACUCUGACAGUCACUUGCCCACUCACAGCAUCACAGUGUAUCCAAUGGUGACGAUUCGAAUCAGUGACCGACAGAGACUCAUCCAACCAUAUGUCCACAAUUAUUCCUGGCUGUUGUUUGCAGCUUUGACUCUCUACAGUGCAGAUCUGGCAAAUGGGGAGGAAGUAGAAGGAGAGAAACUAGAUUCCCAGGUCCUUAGUCAUGCCAGAGUUCUACAGCAUCAGUGCAUACAACUCAUAGGGGACUGUCUGAUGAAAGCACAGCAAGGAAAAGGUCUGAAAAAUUUAGCUCUCCUCUGCAUGUUGCCAGAAGGUGAAUCCCUCCCAGAGAAUGACACUGUUUCAGUCAGUCCUCCCACAGAUGGUGCUCCAAAAAGCCAUACUGGUGAUAAAGCAGGGAAGGCGAAGGAUGAGAAACCAAGCACAGGCUCCUUUAUGCAUAGUAAUGGGAAAGGAGAAACUCACAGUGAAAUCCAGUCUCCUGCAGGAGAUAAAGUACCAAAACAUGGAAGUGAAAGUGAUCAUCAUGCUGUGCCUGCAAAGAAAGCUGUUUUGAGACAAGAAUCAGAAUUGUCUAUGGAAGAUAACAUUACUCCAACAGCAGAUGACUGUGUUUCAGAAGAUUCAGCUCAGAAGCAAGCAGAGAAGGUUCUGAUACCUAGCCAGGAACAAGUUUUUGCUGAAUGCUCUCAGAAGAGGAUCCUAGGACUGCUGGCAGCUAUGUUACCACCUUUCAAAUCGGGCUCUACUAUGUCUUUGAUUAACCUGGAGCAGAUACUGCCACUGAUGUUUCAGGUUGUCAUCUCAAAUGCUGGCCACCUAAAUGAAACCUACCAUUUAACACUGGGACUUCUGGGCCAGCUAAUCCUGAGACUGAAGCCUGCAGAAGUGGAUGCUGCAGUGGCUAAAGUCCUUUCAACCAAGCAUAGUUUGUUUGCUCCGGGAGAUCCAUCCACCGUGCCAGAAGGCUGGAAGACAACUCAUCUUCUUUUCAGUCUUGGAGCUGUGUGUUUAGACAGUCGUGUAGGUCUGGACUGGGCAAGUUCCAUGGCAGAUAUACUUCGAUCUUUGAACUCUUCUGCUCAGUGGCACAGUGUCAUUGCUGCUUUCACUGACCAUUGCAUCAAGCAGCUUCCUUUCCAGCUGAAGCACACCAAUAUCUUCACUUUAUUGGUGCUGGUUGGGUUUCCUGAGGUGCUGUGUAUGGGGACUCGUUCUGUGUACAUGGAUAAUGCUAACGAGCCUCAUAAUGUGAUCAUCCUGAAGCAUUUCACUGAGAAAAAUAGAGCUGUUGUAGUAGACAUCAAGACACGAAAGAGGAAAACAGUGAAAGACUACCAGCUGAUUCAGAAAUGUGAACAAGAAGGCAGUGAUUCCCAGGCCCAGCUGAGACAGUACCUCCAGCACUUCGUUCUUAUAUGCACACACCUUUUGCAAACCACCAUAGAUAGCAGCUAUGCUGAGGCGGUGGAAGCAACAUGGGUCUUGUCGCUUGCUCUAAAGGGGCUUUACAGAACACUCAAGAUUCAUGGCUUUCAGGAGGUCCAAGCUGCCUUUCUUCAGUCUGGUUUACUCAAGCUUCUUGUGAAGAAAUGUAGCAAAGGAACUGGCUUCAGUAAGACCUGGCUUCUCAGAGACUUGGAGAUUUUGUCAAUAAUGUUGUACUCUUCAAAGAAAGAGAUCAGUUCCUUGGCUGAACGUGAGGAUACUGAACUGGAAGAAAGAGAACAAGAUCAAGAUGUGGAGCAAUCCAUUGUUGGUCCUGCUGAUGUAGAGCAGAACAAACUCGAUCCUCUGGAGGGUUUGGAUGAAGCCACCAAAAUCUGCUUCUUGAUGACACACGAUGCACUCAAUGCACCUCUCCAUAUCCUGCGAGCCAUGUAUGAGUUGCAAAUGAAAAGAACUGAGUCUUUCUUUCUGGAAGUUCAAAAGAGGUUUGAUGGAGAUGUAAUUACAACAGAUGAGAGGAUCCGAACCUUGGCUCAGAAAUGGCAACCCAGCAAGCGUUUGAAGUUGGAGGAGCAGAGUUCAAAAGCAGUAGAUACAGAUAUGAUCAUCUUACCAUGUUUGUCCAAGCCUGUACUCUGUGAUAAAGCAACAGAAGAGACCAAUCCAGUUGCCCAGAAACUGAUAACUAACACAGAGAGUGAUCUACAGCUUAGUUACGCCAAGCAGCGGCGCACAAAGAGUUCCAUCCUCUUGCACAAGGAGCUGGACUCCAGAAGCAAAAAGGCUGUGAGGGACUACCUGUAUCGUGUAAAUGAGGCGACUGCUGUUCUUUAUGCCAGGCAUGUGCUGGCAUCACUGUUGGCUGAAUGGCCAGAUGAUGUGGCAAUAAACGAGGAAGUCCUGGAUCUUAGCGGCCCAGCCCAUAUGACAUACAUACUGGACAUGCUUAUGCAGCUAGAGGAAAAGCAGUUAUGGGAAAAAAUUCUGCAGAAAGUACUGCUCGGAUGCAAUGAGAGCAUGCUGGGAACAAUGGCACUGACAGCUUGCCAGUUCAUGGAGGAGCCUGGAAUGGCCGUCCAGGUGCGCGAGUCAAAGCAUCCUUACAACAACAAUACCAAUUUUGAGGAUAAAGUUCAAAUUCCCGGUGCUAUCUACCUCUCAAUCAAAUUUGACUCUCAGUGUAAUACAGAAGAAGGCUGUGAUGAGUUGCUCAUGUCCAGCAGCAGCGAUUUCCAGCAGGACCGGCACAGCUUCAGUGGCUCUCCACAGAAAUGGAACGACUUUGAGCUUCCAGGAGAUACUCUCUAUUAUCGAUUCACUUCUGACAUGAGCAACACGGAGUGGGGCUAUAAGUUUACAGUGACAGCAGGUCAUCUGGGGAGGUUUCAGACAGGGUUUGAAAUCCUAAAGCAGAUGCUGUCUGAAGAAAGGGUAAUUCCUCACCUCCCGCUGGCCAGAAUCUGGGAAUGGCAGGUGGGGGUGGCAUGUCGUCAGACCGGCCACCAGCGCCUGAAGGCCAUCCACUUGCUCUUGAAGAUCGUGCAGUGCAGUGCCCAAAGGGACUGUGACCUCACGUUGCUGAAGCCACUUUGGCAGCUUUUCACCCAUAUGGAAAACAACAUAUGUCAUGAUGUGACCAAGCCUGGUAUUCUCCUUCCUCUUCAUCGUGCACUUGCAGAACUCUUUUUUGUUACAGAAAACAGAGUUACUGAGCUUGGAUCUCUACAGGAGUAUUUGCUUGCCUUAAAUUCUGAAGAUCAUCUUCAUCGCUGCACAGCACAGGCCCUGAGAAACAUUGCUGCUAUCAGCCUUGCCAUUAACUAUCCAAACAAAUCAACAAGUUUCUGGAAUGUUUAAUACUGGCUCAGGCCGGAGUGCAUGGGAUAGAGUAGUUUGUCCAUAGGAACCUUGGAACAAACAACUCCGAUCAGGAAAAGUUCCUUCAGCUUCAGUGUAUGAGCACUCUGCAGCCUUCCUUCCUUCCACCUUGAUGUAGAAUUUGUAAAAGUAAAAGCGCACUUUGAUGAAAAAAGCACAUCUUGAAGUAACUCACGCGUCGCCUACAGUUAUGUAUGCACAUAUUGUAGCAUGUUAGAGUAAACAAAACAAUUUUUGUUUUCAUUCAGAGGAAAUAAACAAAAGAAGGUAAAUGAAGUAUGAGAAUGGAAGGGCCCCCCCCGCAUUGGUAUCGGCUGCUCCCGAGGAAAAUUGAUUGGUGGAACCUGAAAGCUUUGAAAGUGUUGCUGAAUUGAAGGAUGCCAUCAGCAGCAUCUGUUUACCAAUGGAGUGAAACAGGCAAACCAGAAUCUGGUGGGCUGAUGUGGAAAUGGUCCACACUUGAAUCAUGCCAUUGCUUGCUUCUGCUUUGAAGCCUACUACGUGGGGAAAAGAACUUUUGAUUAAUGGUAAUCUACAGGUUGCAGAACAAAUUCUGGGUGAUUGCAUAGCAGUUAAAGGAUUCCAGGGCAUCCUUGUGCAAGAGAUUAAUGCUUCUCCUGUUCUUUGACUCAAUCAACUGGAUCAUCUGUUCUUACCUUAAUUUAUCUCUGGUGGUUUAUUCCAAAUAGUACGUUGUUCUAGCACGGAUUGCAAAGGCUGACCUCCUUCACUUAGCAGUGCUGAGAUGAGGAACUGAGAAACCUGCCUAUUUCUCAAAGGUCGUAUCAUUACAAGAAAUCAUUCAGGAGAGAUUUUUUUGUGUUUUCCAAGUACUGGUGGCAUACAGAGGGCCUUCUCAGCAAUGCUGGGAACUCGAGCCUCCAGCUCUCUGGGUGGGAGUUAAUGAUCAAUCUCAUCUUACCUUACACAGCAAUAACUGUAUUAAUGGACGUGGAAUGAAUUGCAGGCCUUCUACAUUGAAAUAAAUUGGCUUUUUUCCUGCUCAGCUACACUGGUUAUUCCCUUUCCAAAGAGUACAAAGAACAUAGAAGGAUCUGGGGAUGUGUUUUGUGUUUCAUCUUGUCAGGAAUGAAUUCAGAGAAUCUUCUAAUGAUGAUUGUUCUGUUCCCUUCCUCGUUUCAUCAUUAAACUCCUAAAGAGGCAACCAAAAUCUUCAGUAGUGGAGUUUAGCAAACUGUCUUUAAGUUGUGUAAUGGCAAGGCUCUGUCAGAAGGGAACGUGCUUGGUGCCUAAAUAGCAUUGUGCUCUGAGCACCUGAGCAGUGCUUUUGUGGAUGGCCUCUGAACGGACAGGCUUACCAGCCGGGGCUGGAUGUACUUUAAGGGUGAUCCCAUCUGCACAGUGCGCAUCCCCCUUUCCUUGGAUGACCUCUGGCAUUGUAGUUAAAGAUGUGUUGGCUUCUUUCUGUUCAGCCAGGAGACUGUGAGUGAACGCUGCUGAACCGGGCUGGCAGCAUUUUGCCUGAAAGACUUAAAGCUGGAGACCAAGCAGUGCAGUGCUGAAGCCAUUUCCUUCCAGAAUGGAGAGAUCCUCUUAGCCUGUGUAAAUGCUAGAAGUCAGGAAUAACAUACUGCUUAUCAAAGAUGGAAAGGAUGCAGAGAAAUGCUGCUCUGAGACCCCUCCUUGAAUGUACCUUAACUGAAAGCUAAAGCUCUUCCUUCCAGAAGGAGCUCGCGAUGGGAAGAGAAUCACCAAAGUUGUGGCGUAUCUUUAACGUGUGGAUCAUUUUGUUCCCGUAUCCGAGCAAUGCAUUGGAGUCUGCAGUCUCACUGCAAGGGUGAGAAACCAGAGACUUCACACGUUCUAAAAGCGUGAGCAGAUUCUGAGUUGCUGCACCAAGAGAUGCUCAGUGUGCUUCAGGGACAGGUGAGCUCUUGGAAAUUGCUCUUCUCGAGCAGUAGGACUUUUCCUAUUCACUGCCUCAGUGUGAAUCCAUGGCCAAGCAGCCAGGGAUCUGCAACGGGCUGAUUUGCUAAGGCAUGUAGCAUGCUGCUGAGAUCUUCCUAUGUUUUAGUCCGAGAAGGCUUUUUCUUUUUUCACAUCAGGGAUGAAGACUGUAAAUAAACCAUUCGUAGAACCUGCGACGGCUCCGUCAUAGUCACGUUCUUUCUGUUGGAUUGCCUGUUUGCUUUCUGUCUGAAGACAUGAGGCUGCAAGGAUGAGCAGGAGUGGCCAGCGAUCCUCACUGGGCUCACCCGCUUCCUUACUCUACCAGCAGUAACUGGCCUUGAGAGUCACCUCCUUGCCCUAAGGGACUGCCUGGGAACGUUGUCCACUAACUGUUAUUUCUACCCACUAGAUGGAACUGAAGGACUGUGACCUGAGUUGACACUGAAUCUGUUGCUGCCUUACAACUUAAAUCAUUCAUUACAGAUUUUUACGAGACAAAAACACUUGAUCGUUUUGUUUUGUUUUUUUCUUUUUCCUCCUGAUAUUAAAGAGGAUGAGAUUACAGAUCUAAUAACACGUGAUCAGUCGUAUGUUGAGAAUCCCCCAGCAGUUCCAAAUGGAUGGAGAUGGUGAUGCAGUAGAAAACUGGCUGGAAAACAGGAAUGCUUAGAGAAAAAGAAAUGUGCCUAAUAUGAAACCAUGAUAAUAAAGUAGUUGUCCUGCCUGAAUCACCUCUGAUACGCUUCAGAGAAUCCACGCUGUUGGUACCGAUACCUUUGACUUGCUUUCAUUAAACACUUAGAGAAAAGAGAGUUUUAUAAUUUCUUUUAUUACGGGUUUACUACUUUGCGAUUUUUAUCAGUUGUUUAAAGUAUAUCAAAACCUUUUAGAUUUAUUCCGGUUCAGUUCAACGUGUACAAAGAAAGCUACAGAUGUGGGUAAAAUAUGCAAAUGCAGAGAAAUAUAUUGUAAAAAUUCUAUAAAAACAAA